UUUACCGUUCAUUCGCCGCUACAAACAGUGUAAUCGCGAUAUCCAGGAAAUACGAAACUGUGGAGUUUGAAAAUAAUUUUUCAUAAUUUGAUAUGCAAGAAAUUUCUCCCGCUUUUCCGUAACACUACUUUUUUAUAGUUUCACAAGUUAUUUUAAGUAACUAUGGACUGUACUAAUAAUAAAAUGUUAACAAUAAGUGAAUUCUACUUGCAAUUAAAAACCUAGUGAUUGGUAGUGUUCAGGUUAUUAUCAAGGGUGUAAUUGAAGAACCAUUAGCUCCAUGCCAGCGCGAAAGGGGCUGCUCGCUCCCCAAAACACGUUUUUGGAUACUAUAGCUACUAGAUUUGAUGGAACUCAUAGCAACUUUGUACUUGGUAACGCUCAAGUUCCAACCGUGUAUCCCAUUGUUUAUUGUUCGGAUGGAUUUUGUGAGUUGACGGGCUUUACAAGGGCUCAAAUAAUGCAAAAAGGAUGUGCCUGCAAGUUUCUUCAUGGACCGGAGACAAAAGAGGAGCACAAAGCAGAAAUUGACAAAGCUUUGGAAUCUAAGAACGAGCUCAAAUUGGAAGUGAUAUUUUACAAAAAGAACGGUACCCCAUUUUGGUGUUUAUUGGAUAUUGUACCAAUAAAAAAUGAGAAGCGUGAAGUUGUAUUGUACCUGGCCUCCCACAAGGAUAUCACAAAUACCAAAAUGGCAGAAAUGUCUGAAAGUGAAAUCUACGAUAGCGCACUAUUCUCUAUGUUCCAUAAAUGUGCGCAAGUGAAUUAUAUGUUGUGCACAGCGGCCGUUUUGGGGGCGCGCUUCCGAGGUUCUGCUGACUCUUGCCUCCUUGCAGACACUAACGGCAAUUUGGAUCCAGAAGCACCACACACCAACUAUGGACGUCGAAGAUCAAGAGCAGUUUUGUAUCAGCUAUCUGGUCACUACAAGCCUGAUAAACUGAAAGGAAAAUUGAAGCUCAAUAAUAAUUUGUUGAGUUCAACUCCUGCACCUCUUCCAGAAUACAAAACGGCAUCAGUGAAAAAAAGCAGGUUCAUUAUUUCCCACUACGGCAUGUUCAAAAAUGCCUGGGACUGGCUCAUAUUGAUAGCUACAUUUUAUGUAGCUGUGGUUGUACCCUAUAAUGCAAGUUUCGAGACUGAAAGGCCGUCUGUGAUUUUAGAUGUAUUCGUGGAAGCUUUAUUUUUUAUAGAUAUUCUACUCAAUUUCCGUACUACAUAUGUCAAUACAAAAGGUGAAGUAGUAUCAGCAUGGAAAACCAUAGCCAUAAACUACUUGAGAACGUGGUUUGUUGUGGACUUGCUGGCUGCACUGCCUUUCGAUUUUUUAUAUGCUCUUUAUGGUGCUGAAGAUUUGCUGCAAACAUCUGGAACCCUAUCUAGCUCCCAUACACACUUAAUUAAACUCACAAGAUUGUUGAGAUUAGCAAGACUUCUUCAGAAAAUGGACAGAUAUUCUCAAUAUAGUGCUAUGAUACUGACUCUUUUGAUGUUAUUUUUCACGUUAGUUGCCCAUUGGUUGGCGUGUAUUUGGUAUGUGAUAGCCGAAAAAGAAGUUGACACAGAUUUAGGUUGGAUCCACACCCUUGCAGAGAGACUCCAUUUACCGCAUGCCUACAAUGUAACUAGCUUAGAUGCGUAUGUCACAGCACUUUACUUUACAUGUUCCAGCUUAACCAGUGUUGGAUUUGGGAAUGUUAGUGCUAAUACUACUAACGAAAAGAUUUUUAGUAUAUGCGUCAUGUUGAUUGGAGCUUUGAUGCACGCUGUGGUAUUCGGUAACGUGACUGCAAUCAUCCAAAGAAUGUAUUCCAGACGAUCUCUCUAUCAGCAAAAAUGGCGAGAUCUCAAGGAUUUUCUCACUUUACAUCAGAUUCCGAAAGAACUAAAACAAAGAAUGCAAGACUAUUUUCAAACAAUGUGGUCACUAAAUCACGGUAUUGACAUUCAUGAGACUUUGAAAGAAUUUCCAGAAGAACUUCGAGGCGACGUUUCAAUGCAUCUGCAUAGAGAAAUUUUGCAGCUUCCCAUAUUUGAAGCUGCCUCUCAAGGAUGUCUUAAGCUUCUAUCAUUACAUAUAAGAACUAAUUUUUGUGCGCCUGGAGAAUAUCUUAUACACAGAGGAGAUGCAUUGAGCUACAUCUAUUAUAUUUGUAAUGGAUCAAUGGAAGUCGUCCAAAAUAACAUGGUUGUUGCAAUUCUAGGAAAGGGUGAUUUAGUGGGAAGCGACAUUAAUAUGCACCUUCAAAACUCAUCGAAUGGGCCAUCAAAUGAUAAUCAAAGAGAGCGUACCGCCGAUAUUGUGAUAAAGUCGAGUAGCGACGUACGCGCCUUAACAUACUGUGAUCUCAAAUGUAUGCAUAUGCAAGGAUUGGUGGAUGUAUUGAGAUUAUAUCCAGAAUAUCAGCAACAAUUUGCCAAUGACAUCCAACAUGAUCUCACAUUCAAUGUUAGAGAAGGAUAUGAAGCUGAGGUAGAGUCUGAAGGAAAUGGUUUUCCGUCUCUCACUCUUCCAAGCAUUAGUGAAGAUGAUGAAAAUGCCCAUGACGAUGGAGAAACUUCCCCUCUGUCACCCAAUAGAUCACCUUUACAUAUCGUAUCCACUAGUCCCAGGCAUGCUAAAUUUAAUUUACGGUUACAAGAAUUUCAAGAAAAGGAAAGACGCUCUAGAUUAGGUGGGAUAGCUACGAAUCAUUUAGCAAUGCUCAGACAAAGAGUAGAGAGACAACGAAGUGUCAACAUUCCACACCACUCAACGUCAAAUUCGAUAGAAGGUCUCAAUUGUGAAUUCAAAAGUGAUGUUGAAAAUUCUAGAAAUGGAGUAGACCGAUUAGACGAUCAAAUUUCUACCUUACAUCAGGAUGUUGCAGCACUUAGUUUAGAGGUGCGAAACGCUAUUCACGCUCUUCAAGAAAUGACGACUCCAUCUUCUUGCAGUGCUUCAGUCAUCAAUUAUUCUGCUCAAUCUAACCCAAACAUUGCACACCUCCAUCAUAGUCCAUCCAGUAAGUCAAAUAGUGGACCAUUAGCUAGGAGCAACUCUCAUCCACCAGAAAUAUUUUGUUGGGGUGAUCCUCCAUCACCUCCCUUCCAUGCCAUAAGAACUUACACUGACUCGGAAACUCAAACCGAUUCCAACCUAACCAACAUGCACCAAUAUAUAAAAGAAAAUCCUACGAGAGCUUUGGAAAUUUUGGGUUUAGAUCCUAAAAAAGUUUUUAAUUGUAUGGAAGUGAGAAAAAGUAGAAGUAUACCUGAUUAUACAGAUAGAUUCAGAAACUUUCUAGACAUUGCUGAAUUCAGUGUAAGUGCAAAUGGUCAAUCGGACUCCUGUCUGGUAAAUAUAGAAUCUAAAAUACUUAUGGAAGAGAAUUGUUCAUCAUCACGGAAGGUGGAUAGAGGUGAUAGAAAAGUGGAAAGUCUUGAAACAUUGGAUUUAAGUGAGGCACGAAACGCGUUGUUUAAAAUUCGAAAUAAUAUAGGUUAGAGUAAAAGUAUUUUCAUAGCGGUUCGAAAUGAUAACUGAUUUGGACAAAUAAGUGUAUAGCAGUUAUUUGUGACGUGGGUUUUAUAACUGUGUUUGGACACGAAAAAUAAACGAGGACAAUCUGUACAUGAAAUUCUAAAUUGUAACAAAAUUCUCAAGUUAA